UCCUUGACAACGUGCACCGCGCGUGGAUCUCCUACAUGCAAGGGCGACAUUUGACAAGUCGUAUUGUCAGAUAUUCCAAGUGAAUUGCAGUCCGUGUUACGUUUAUUAAAACAAUUCGGGCAAUUGUUUUAUUCGCUAAAACAAAAAUAAAGCAUAUCGAAUAUUUAAAUCUCUAAGUGUCACUUUAUCUAUUUCUCAAAUUACAACGUAAAGAAAUAUACUUAAAGAAUGUCUUGUCCAAUGAGCAGUAUUCCAGAAAAUAAUCACGAUCAGACGCAGCGGGAAUUAACGCAAGGACCGGCGUUGCACUACAGCGAGUAUUUGCGUUUAGAUAAAAUCUUGUCCGCGCAAAGGCUUCUCAGCGCCGAAUACGGCAAUGAAGUUCACGACGAGCAUCUCUUUAUUGUCAUCCAUCAAGCGUACGAGCUUUGGUUCAAGCAAAUUAUUUUCGAGCUCGAUUCCGUUAGGGCACUUUUCAGCUCCGAAUCCAACAAUUGCAAAAUGUCCAACGGGUCUUCUAACGAUUACUCAACCGCCAACCAGAGCAAUGGAGUCUUGAACGAAUCAAAAACCCUGGAGAUUCUAAAACGAUUGAAUCGCAUUGUCCUUAUCCUGAAGUUAUUGGUAGAGCAAGUGACCAUUUUGGAAACUAUGACACCGUUGGAUUUCAUGGCAUUUAGGGACUUAUUAUGCCCGGCAUCGGGUUUCCAAUCGUUGCAAUUCCGUCUGUUGGAGAAUAAAUUGGGUGUAAAACAGGACCUCAGGGUCAAAUAUAAUUACAUAAAGAUUUUCGGGAGGGAUCCCGAAGCUAUCGAGGCGAUCAAGCGAUCUGAGGAGGAGCACAGUCUCAGUACUCUGGUUCAGAGUUGGUUGAGCAGAACGCCAGGGCUCGAGACACAUGAUUUCGAUUUCUGGGGAAAAUACAAACGAGCGGUGGAGAAGAUGUUGACCGAGCAAGAACAAGCCAUACAUAAACUGUCAAAGGAAUGCAUUAAAGACUAUCAUUUAGCUAAUGUGCGCUCGCGGCAAGCAGUUUUCGAUAGCAUCUUCAACGAAUCACUUCAUAACGCUCUUGUGUCGCGCGGGGAACGCAGAUUUUCGCACAGUGCUCUUCAGGGAGCAAUAAUGAUCACCCUAUAUCGAGAUGAACCACGAUUUAGUCAGCCACAUCAGAUCCUCACGGCGCUAAUGGACAUUGACUCUCUAAUUACGAAAUGGAGGUAUAAUCAUGUUAUCAUGGUACAAAGAAUGAUCGGUUCUCAACAUCUAGGCACUGGUGGUUCUUCCGGCUAUCAGUAUUUGAAGUCCACGUUAAGCGACAGAUACAAAGUCUUUUUGGAUUUGUUCAACUUAUCGACUUUUUUGGUACCACGUCACAUGAUCCCGCCGUUGACGAAGCAAAUGAAAAUGAAGUUAUCAAUUGCAUCAUACAAUUGGAUCACGGACGAAGAUCAAGAUGAAUCGGCGGAUUCUUUAAGAAGCUCAUAUAUUAGUCUACCUGUGACACAGCAAACUUCAUGAAACUUUAAUAAGUUUUAUUUCUCUAACGUAAUGUAUAGUCAGUGUAUAUUAUAUGCGCCACGUUGAUCCAAUAGGUAAUACAGUUAAACAAUUGCUUGAAAACAAAUUAUACUUUCUCUUUAGCAUU